AUGAUUGUGCAGCUGCCAGCUGCCAUGGUCGAUAAGCUGGCCGAGGGCAAGAAGCCCUCGCAGGCUUACGCCAUCAUCAUGGGCUUGAACCAAGUUUCCCGAGUCAUUCAGUGCGUAUCAGCAGCAGUGAUGUACUCGCACGUGCGAGUGGUCUUCAACAAGCACGGCCGCCACUCCCUCUUUCUCCGGACGCUCCGCAAGAAUGUGGUUCUCAGAGACUUCUGUCGAACUCUCGAGUUUGAAAUCGACCAUUGUGAGGGGCAUCGAAGAUGCCCAGAAGGUGAUCGAUUUACUCAAAGUCAAGUUCCCGUACCGUCAAACGCGGGAGGACUAGAUGUGGCGGGUGAUCCAGUACGGGUUCAAGCACCUGCUGAGCUCACCUACUUGAACCUAGGCAACACCGUCAACAAGAACAGCCUGAAACUGAGCCGGGUCGUUCGCAAUCCGAAUGUCUUCCGUUCCGGAUACCUCGCUGCGCCCCAGGGCGCCGACCAGCCUCCCAUUCGGGGUGAGGUCGCUCUCUGUGCCAAGGAAGGCAUUGGCCCUUUCACAACGCUGUUGCUCCGGAACUUCCAGCACGGCCCGGAGAUGCUUGAGGCAUUCUCCAAGUGGGCAAAGAUGCUGAAAGUUGUGGAAGUCGAAUUCGCGCCUGGCGCCCUAGAGACCAUCUUCAACCAGGUUUUCGAGGACCGUGGUCUGAAACGUCUGUAG